ACUGUUUGCGAAACCAUGUCCAACUUUAGGGUAGUUGCUCAAGCGGAAUUCAGCCAUACCGGACGUUUAUCAGACUGCAGCAUGAAUCUACCAUGGUUCCGGCUACCUCGAUCACACACGGUCACCGCACGACGUCGACCCGAGGUCCUCUCCGCAGGUCACAUGGCAUAUACACAUAUACAGCUAGUGCAGAACUUGGAGAGCAACCCAGAGUAUCUGAGGAUGAUCUCGAGCGCAGCGGAGGAGACGGCCUCACAUCGCAGACGGUCGGCUGAACAAUCGCCACAUUCCUCAUCUGUUGAAUCACCACUGGUCGGCGAGGAGGAGGAGGAAUUCCUAAAUAAAGUGUGCAAGUUUGAGCUUAUAGCGCGGGGCAAACCAACGUCUCCUACAGUUAAGAGUCCUACUGGAAAAUCCGGUUCGGGAAAGUUUUUUAUAUCCUCUCCAGAUACAAGGAGCUCUGGAAGGCGCUCCGGUGAAAGUUUGCAGAAUUAUCCUGGUGAAAAAUUGUUUACCAAAGAUACUGCUACAACAAGGGUCUCUGCUAGUUUCCUUACGCCAAAUAAAUCGCCGAAACCCGAAGUGACUUACCAGGAUGUAACUUCUCCUUCAGCUGGAAAUUUUGGAAGUGUUUCGUCUAGAAGAAAGUCGAGCGAAGCUAGAAAAUCUUUAACGAAAAGUGUUGAAAGUCCAAAAGGGAGUAUAACGGGAGCGAGUCCAAGCUCUUCAACGAACAAUGUAUUCUUUAGCUCGCCAAUUUCGCCAGUAAGGAAAACUGAGGUUGAAACUUCUCACUUUUUUGAACAUUCUAGUUCCCCAAAGUCCUCUGUAAUACAGUCUGUGAGUAAAUCACCUAUUGUACCUAGUAGCCCAAAACCUGUGAUUACCCCACCCACACUUAAUGUGGAACUUGUAAGAAAUGUGGAUGGUGUAAGUGGGAAGAACAUAACCAAAGGUGCUAUUUCUAAUUCUAAUGCUGUAAAGUCAGGUUCAGUCAAUGCUCAAAAUAAGGGAAAUGGACUUUUAUCAGUGCAAAGAGAUGAGAAUGUGUCUCGACACACAUUCGAUGGAAUAGACUUUGAUUUCAAUGAACUCACUGAGAGUCAAAAAGAUUUGACUCUAAAACACAGAGAAAUUGUUGCAGAAAGGAAACAAGAGCAAGAAAUGGAACGGCUUGAGAAAAUUCGCCUUGAGGAGAUCUUGAGCAUGUGUGCAGAAUAUGAACAACAGAUCGAAGACGAGAAUAACCACUUGGUUAAAAAGCAGAAGGAGCAUUUCUCCUCAACUGACCUAGUGACUCCUCCAAUUCCUCCUCUACCUCUGCAAUACCAGCAUUUACAACAAGGAUUACCCCUUUAUGGGCCUCAAAUAGCCCCUCCUGGGUCCCCAGGGUCAUUUCAAGGUCACAGUUCUAUCAAGAGAGGUCAAGGUCAGGGAUUUAAUCAGGGCCAGAACUUUUCUUUUAAUCAUGGCCAAAAUGUUCCUUAUGAAAAGUCUUUUGGUCAAGGUCAGGGACAGACUUCAAAUGGUAGCCAAGGAUAUGCAGUUUCUAGUCCAAGGUCGCCAUUACCACCAAAUGGCCUUGACAUUGGUACACAGUCCUUGGAUAGAAGAGAUGGUGGUUUAAAAUCGGAACAUAGAAGUUCCAUGACCAAUAAAAUAAUGACAAAUGGAUCUCUUACAAUGCUUAACUCUCCAACAAACACUCAUAAAGACUUUACCUACGGAUUUCAGAUGCGAAAAUGUGGAUCAAACUCCUCAAAUUCAGAAGAGGAAUCAAUCUGUGGCAGUUCGGAAGAUACUGGUACAAUAAAACGGCGACCAAACUCAAAUCAGGGGUCAGUUGGUACAGAAAGGUCACUGAGUCCAAGGACAACUCCCAGAAGUCCAUUAACUGUUCAGGCUCCUAAAUAUAGCAGCCAAGCAACUGCUACCAACCUCUCAGGAUCAGGAGCCAGAUCUGACCAAUCACAGUCAUCGUUACAUAGCACCUCUCCCGGAUCACCACUUUAUGUUGUAUCUCCUUCAAAAUUAAAUCUAUCUCAUAGCCAAUCACCGAAUACGAAACAUAAUGAUUUGGAUGAUGAAUUUUCUAUGCAAUUUAAGAUAGAACCUUUAAGGCUCACAAACAUCAGUGUGGAAUUUGUUGAAAAGAAACAAUUUGACAGUAUAGAAACAGGUAGCCACAGUUCUAAUCACAGUGAGCCAGAGUGUGAUCUUCAUGUAGAUGAAAAUGCAUGUGAACUUAAGGUUCAUGAACCAGUUUCAAGCAAAGACUACCCUGGAAAUUUUAGGGAUGGUAAUAGCUUUACGUCAUCGGUUAGUGAUCACAGAAACACAAGUAAUGAUAGUUUCGGGAGCAGGAAUUCGGAGCCUGAAUCAACAUUUGCCAUAGGUGCUAGCUACAGUCCAAAACUUCCAAAAAGCACGGACCAUCAUGAUUAUGUUAAUAUUCCAAUAAAUCCUGAAAAAUAUGCCGACCAUGCAAGAUACGCCCACGUGCACGAGCAAAUGAGAAAUGAAACUCACUCGAACAGUGGAAGUACGAGUUCCUCGAGUGUAUCCACAGUUUGCGCACCAAGUUAUAACGGAUUUAUAAACAAUAUUCUCUCCAGUGGUUCGCCACGAUCUUCGCUGAGUGAAUCAAAGUCUUCGAGUUUUGAAAACAUCACUCCGAUGAACAGCGACUCUGAAUUUCUUGUUCCGAGGAAGCAGGGUUCCAGAGCAUCUUCAACUGCAACUACAGACUCUAGCGAAUGCAGUUGGGGAACUGUUGAUGAAGUGGACCCUUAUCAGCAACUUCAGAGGUUGAAAGUCAACAAACACGACCUUCUUCAGAAGAUCACAACCUUGAAACAGCAGAUUAUCGAUAUCGAGAAUCAGGAAGAUGAGGCUCUACGAGGGAUGGAGAUGGAACGAGCUCUACUGGAUGGGGAACAUCACAACGAGAUGGGAAAACUCCAGGAAGAUCAGGAGAAAAUCCUCGAGCUUCGACAAAAACAGAACAUGCUCAUGGAGAAAGCCUCUAGACAGAGAGAAAAGGAGAUAGCUGUGAUAGAAAGAGAGAGACAGAAGCUUGAAGACCUAGAACUCUACAAAGCCGCCCUUGAAAAACAGCUGGAGACAUGUGCCUCUGAGGAACAGGCGGGACUCCUUGAUAAAAUACAACGCCAGAAAGAGCUUGUCGACAACCAGAGGAAGGUCUUUGAUGAUCUUGAGUUUCAGCAGCUGGAGUCUGAGGCUAAGUUUGAGGAAGAUCGGGAGCAAGUACAGAGGCGACUGUUGUCCGACCAGAACACACUUCUCACCAGCUACAGAAACAGAGAGGACAGUUUACAACAGAUCUCGCAACAACAGCGGGAAACUAUGCUGGGUGUGAAACGGGAAAUGGACAGCUAUGAACAGGAGAGGCAGGCCGCUAUACAACGAUAUCGCAAGGAAAAGCAAGCUUUAAAAGACCUUCAGAAUCGAAUGAACGAACUUAAAGAAUCUAUGUCAAAAAAUAAUGAGGAGAAGAAAUCCGAAGAAGAAGAUGAUGAUAAACUUUCUGUUGAUAUGGAAUCGCACAUUGAGGAGAGAGACAGUGACCUGCGUCGUAAAAUUGAGGAAUAUCUUCAAUCACCGACUACUAGAAACAACAAUGCCUUCAAAGCCUUAGAAAGUGCCAUUCAAAAUGCAAGCAGCAUAACGUACGGCCUUCCGCCAUUAUCGCCAACGUCGCCGCAACCGAUUCCAUCUCAUUUGCGUUUGCAUUCCGAUUAUCCCUCGUCAGGUGAGCGAAAGAAAUCGGCUACUCUCCUAGAGAUUGAGAGAAACCACUAUCUAUUCCUGGAAACACAGGGAGGAAAUGUUAUCGAGCAUGAAAAACGGCGAAUCGAGGAGCUCCGUCGUCGAGCGGCUGAUGAGGGGCGCGCACAAUGGGAAGAGAAGAAGUUACGCGAGGCCAACUGUAAAAGCUUCAACUCCAUCGAGUCCGAGGAUUCCAGUAUUUCAAGCAGUUGUGAGACGCCGUCAGAUCGGGAAAUUAGUGUGAGCAGUGGUGAGGACAACUUGGAGAAGCUACAAGAGCUGGAGAAGCUGUUGGCUCAGGCCCAGGUGGAGAAAAUGAGGCUGAUGGAGGACCAGAUGAAAUCUCGCGAACAUGAGAUGUUGGCUCUACACGAGGAGCGUGCUAAACGGGAGGAAUUGGAGCGGAAACUUCGUGAAGAGACAAUGUUACGAGAGGAGCUGGUCACUCAACAGGUGAAAUAUCGGGAAAAACAGAAAAUACAGGCCCGUCCAUUGACGCGUUACUUGCCAGUUCGAAGUUCAGAAUUUGAUCUGAAAGUUCAUAUAGAAACUGCCGGGCACCAUUUAGAUAUGUGUCCACAUGUUGUAGUGAACAAUAAUAGUGCUAGAGGAUUUCUCGUCAAAAUGGGUGGGAAGAUAAAAACUUGGCAUAAACGUUGGUUUGUGUUUGAUAGAACGAAAAGAUCUCUUGUGUAUUACACGGACAAAAGUGAAUCGAAGCCACGUGGUGGAAUUUACUUUCAAGCAAUCGAGGAAGUGUAUGUAGAUCAUUUAAAGUCUGUGAAAAGUCCGAACCAAAAACUUACUUUCUGUGUUAAAACUUAUGAACGGACUUAUUAUCUUGUUGCGCCAUCUCCAGAAGCAAUGCGAAUAUGGAUAGACGUUAUAUUCACGGGCGCCGAGGGAUAUCAACAGUUUAUGCAAUCUUAGUACAUUUGUUAAGUUCGCUGUAAUAUAUAGUAUGAAAAUUGUUAUAAAUAAGCAGAACUUAAAAUGCAUUUCUAUCAUUUUUUUCACUUCACAUUUUUCUUACCAUAAUUUUUCGUUAAAAGCUUUAACUGUUUAAUAUCAAUAACAAAACCUGAAUGAUAGAUUUUUGAAAUCUCAUAAUGUUUAGAUUAUGCUAUUUUUAUCAAUAAUCAUUAAAGAAGUCAUCUUUUAAGUUUUCAAUGUUUUAAUACUCGUUUUGUAUCUAUAGUAAGAUUUACCAAAGUUUUGAACCUGAAUUAUAGUUUUGGAUUUUCUUAUGUGUUAUUUUAAUAUUUUUGUUUUAAAAGUCAAAAAUAAAAUUGCCAUAAAUGAGGCUAAGUUAAGCGUUUUAACAUGGUUUUGUGCUGAUGCUAUUUAUUUGCGUAUUAUGCUGAAAAACUUACUCUUCCCUUCUCUGUUAUGAAGAUAUAUAUGUUAUUUAACAGUGGGUUUUUACCUUGCUUCCAGGCCCAUGGAAUUGUGAAAAUACUGACAAAAUGCCUAAAAUUGUGAAUUUACCAUAUUAUAUUUUAAAAAUUAUGAAACAAAGCAAAGCCCCUAUAAACAUCCUGGGUUUGAAGAAUUUUAAGAGAAGAAGCAUGCAUUUAGACAUCACUGGACAAGCUGACUUGUUAAGAGUUUAAAAUAAAUAAACAUAAGUAGGUUUGUGAAUUUUGAGUUUGAUUUUUGUGAAUAAAGUAUACUUUUUGGGAAUGUGAAAUUGGGCCAAGUUUUGGGUCCUUUUUUAAGUCAGAAAAAAACAACACACUGCAUAAGUACACUUUCACAGUGAAGAAAUAAUUGUCGAGACAACUUUUUCAAGACUGUUUUCCGAUAUUACUAGAAUAUUUCUAGGAAAGCUGUUGAGGAGUGUGUGCAAAUUUGUACUAACAGUGGAGAGGUCAAGAAACACUAUUUGCACUUUGUAGCUUCCUGUUAGAAGAAGUUGCAGUUGCCCUUAAAGUUGUUUGGGAAACCUGUUAUUUUACGGGAAUGGGAAGAUUUACGGACCCUCGAAAAAAAGUUUUCCAUGUAUUUUUGUCACUGCCGUUGAUCUUGCACCUACAUAUAGUAUGUAGUUCACAGCCUGUACACAUGUCACGCUGCAAACUUCUACAAAGAUGAUGAACCACAUAGAGAGUUACAUCACACAUUCACUUACAAAUAUAGCUUGGCCACCUGUCUACUAAUGCAGGCUUAUUAAGUUUCUAAGCUUAUAUACAACUUUCUGCAAUGUGUUAGCUGAAAAAUUAUUUGACUAAAAGUGUCUUAAAUUUAUAAUUUAAUAAAGUGAAAUCCUCCUGCAAAAUGUUCUUUAGAUGAGUUUAAAACUGUGAUCAAAUUAAAUGUUCAUGUUUCUUUAGUUGUCAUAAAGAUCAAAGUUCAUUGAAACUUACAAAUUGUUUUGAUUAGGGUGUGAUAAUUAUAACAUUGAGCUAAAAUUUCAGCGGGUAGAAUGUGUUUUUAUUUUUUUUCCUUGUGCAUUUCAUUUUGUUUUAAACUUAGACUAGUUAAUUUGUCAGUGCUAAUUGAUUCUUGCCAUGUUUACUCCAAAUUGAUGUAUUUCCAAAUAGAAGGAUAGUCGGAAAGGGCCUAUCAAAAACACCUGCAUGCAUGUGAUUCCAUAUGGCCUAAAAAAUAAUGUUUGUUUCUGGUUUUCAUGCCCCCACUAAAUACAGUGCGCAAAAUACUUGACUCUGAUUGGCUUGAAGCAAUAAACUUCAUGUACAUGUAUAAACAAAAUUUAAACAUAGAUUCAAAUGAAAUGUGUUACUGUUAUCUGUUAUUGUUUUAUUUGAUACCAUUGGUAUAAAAUGAGGUCAGACAAAACGAAAUGUUGAUUCCAAAUCCUGUACAAAACUAUCUGCUCAUACAACUUUUAAUAUUAGGCCUUCGCAAGAAGUCAUAGAAACUUUGGGAAAUUAAAUUUAAAGUUUUAAAUGAACUGCAUGCUAUUUUAUUUAAUUCAAAAGAUGAGCUGAACAUAUUUUUUAUGGCCUUACUAUGUGUGUUAACUUUUAGAAAUGUUGUUAAAUAUUUGCUGAUAAUCCUGGGCUUAAAUGUUUCAGUUCCGAUGUGAUAGAUUGUAUAUGUGUAUUAAGAUUUUGUUUAACAACAGUGGUGACCAAAUACAUGAAUUUGGAGGGCUCAGCACAAAUAACGUCACCCAUCCCCUGAGCUCGUGAUUUUUUGUUGUUUCAAAAGUGUCUGCAAAUAAUGGAAGUUUUAUAUGUAAAUAAUAGAACGAUUAAUAUAUUUUAAAAAUACUUUAUAUCCCCUUUGCUAAAUGUUUGAAUAACUUUAUUUUUAUACAUGAACACUCUUAUUUAGUUUUAUAUGAAAUUUUUUAAUUUUUUAACUUUUUAAUGAAAGUUUUGUAUAACUAUCUUCACUGUCCAACAUUGUUGGGAAGACUUUGUUUUAUUGCUGUAAUAGUGUCACAUUGUAUUUACCAGUAAGAGUAAGACACAAAAUGAAAUGGUAAACCAACAUAAGGUAAAAUAUUUUAAUAAAAUUUCUCUUAAGCACUUACUAUAGGAGCUAUUGCCUCUUAAGUGAUUACAUUGUACAUACAAAAUGAGUGGUGCCCAGCAGAAAUAAGUCUAAGCGAAAAUGUGAUGUAAGCAAGAAAUAUGAUAUCAUAGUGUUGUUGUUUUUAAAAACCCAUGUUGAAACGUUUCUUUUUUAUGUAAAGCCUAUUGGAUCUGACAUAACCCCCCACCCCCCCGAUAACUCAAAAUCUUCCUGUUUGACCCAUUUCUGCUAGACUCUGUUCACUAUGCAGCUCAACACAUAUGACAAUAACCAGCAAGCUUGGUUGUGACUUAUAUCCAUUUGACUUGAUACACACCAUUAACAGGUCUGCUUGAUGUAGAAAACGAGUAAUACAACACACUAGAUUAUACAUUGUAAGUCAUGUGAAAAAUCCCCAAACUUCAUGUGACAAUUUAUUCAAUGGUGUUUAACUUUAUAAUAGGCCUAUUCGCAGAAACUGUUUUAGACAGAUUUUGCACCAUCAUUGCUACAAAGAACAUCCAAUUUUUGGAUAGUUUGAGUCAUGAUUUCAUUGGUUUGAAUCAGAAACUGAACUAUCCAAGCGAAAGAUAAUGCAGAGUAAGAUGCAGCGACAUGCGGUUUCUGCGAAAAGGACUAGAAGCUAUAUACUGUAUACAUUGUUUGCAUUUUGUAUACUUCUUUAAUAAAUAAGUUUCUUGUUUUAAUGUUGUGUACCCAAGUCAGCUUUCAUAGUAAAAAUAAAAUGAAAAACAUUG